GCUAAAUGCAAACCUCAACGUACUAAUAUCUCGUCCAGUUCUGUAACAAGUCACUCUGUAAAGUUUCAUACGAACGAAACGGCACUUCAGCCAUGAACCAGUUACGCUACUGCUAGUAUGUUUGCACUCGCUCUCAUACAUAAUCGACGCUAGCAAACAGAAGCGGGUGAAGAGUUUGCGUAAUAUCUACUGUGCGAAGGCACGGCUAUCACGACUAUGCUCCUACUUCACAACGGCCGGAGUGUCUUGCCGCUAAAUUGGUUGUCUACGCUAUAGUUUAUAAUACACUGUGGUUGAUGGAUUCGGGUAUCUCGGGCAGCCUAUGCUCUGAAGGACAGCUGCGGGAGCUGUGUCGGGUAAGCAUCGAUGAUGUGUAUUCUCGACUAUUCCAACUGCCCUACAACCAUGACUUUGCCUUUCUAGUGGAUACUUUGUAUUCACGGCUAUCAAGAAUGGGAGCAGUGCUUCUCAAAAAUAAUGUCGGCGACUUUCGUGGCCGACACCUGCCAAAGUUCCGUCAUCCAGCCCGUUCCAGCCCAGUGUGUUCCCAGUAUCCCUUGGCAAAAGCCCUGGUCUCGCUCGAAACUGGCCGUGUUGCUGCGCUCCACCUUCUCUCCUUUAGCUAUAGUUGUCUUUUUCCCGCUGUCUAACUAGAAGUGGUCUCGCCUCACAUUUUGUCAUCGCGCUUCGCCUCCACCGUUCCUGAGCUGAUAUGUCCUUCACGGCCUCUCCAGCCACGGAUCCGAAACGCCCGCUCAGGAGGCUCCUUGCGCGCCCGAGCAACGAACCACCACCGAGUACGCUCCAACCAUACGACACAGGGAUAACUUCAAGGAUUUCAAGGGCCUGCUCGGCAUGUCAAGUACACAAAGUGAGAUGCAACGGUGGUCAGCCGCGAUGCCGAAACUGUCUGGCCAAGCAUCGGCAGUGCAUCUACAAGCCAAGUCGCAGAAAUCACCUGAAAACGGUCAUCGAGUACAACCAAGAGAUGGUUGUGCUCCUGAAAGAGCUUGCAGACAGUGUCACAGAGGAGAAGAAACAACAGAUAGAGGACUUGAUAAGACGAGUCGUAGAUGAUGUGUCCGAGGCAGCAUCGUCGUUGAGAAAGCGGGACUCCCCCGAUCUACAAGGAAGAGAUGGAGAGGAUAUGGUUUCCGCUGAUGUCGGCUCUAGCGAGGAGUUGGACAUUGUAGAUGAGAACUUGCUUCGAGACAAGGAUUCCCGAGCUGCUGGAUUCGUUGGCAAAAGCUCGGAGAUGCAAUGGAUUCGACGCUUGAGACAAGACGCAGAGCAUCAUAGAGCCAUCCCCUUGAGAGGGUCCGGUCCCUAUGGGCCUCCUGGCACUGAUACAGAAUCUUCGUCACGUCGCCUUGAAGCCCUACGACAGCGCCAACGCUCAAAUUCGAAUACUCGCGUACCACUUAGUUCCUCGACCUUCUAUGUAGACGACCAGGGCUUAGAAGUCGACUAUACCGUGCACCCUUUCGAGUUGCCACCGAUGCAUGUCGCUCAAGGUCUGAUCAAAGGCUAUAUGGACACCGUGCAGGAUUCUUUCCCAAUACUAUCGAGGAGCAGUUUCAUGGAAACCGUCCACGAGCUAUACGCUUCCGUGGAGCAUGGUGCAUUCCAUUCCGUACCGGACAAAUGGUUGGCAGUGCUGAACCUAGUGUUUGCAAUCGGAGCGCAGUAUUCGUAUCUGGUGGAAGAAUCCUGGCACAUACGUGGCUUCAAUCAUCUCACCUACGUUUCUCGCGCGCACAUCUUAGGCCUGAGCACGCCCGAUUUGGUCUCACAUCCGGACCUUAUGCAAGUACAGAUUACGGCACUACUUGCUCUCUACUUCCUAACGACGGGUCGCGCCAACAGAGCGUGGGUCUACAUCGGCAUCUCUGUCCGAUAUGCUCAUGCGCUAGGGCUACACGUUCGUAACGAAGAUCGAGGCACCACAGUAUCACAGAAAGAGAAUUUGGUAAGGAUCUGGUGGGGUCUCUACACUCUUGAAGGAAAUCUAAGCACCACUGUGGGCCGUCCAAGUUUCGUGAUCGAGGACUUUUGCUCCGCGCCUUUGCCGCUACCAUUGGCUAUGGAACGCAUGUCUGAUGAGACAUUGGUCUCCUCGAUGUAUGCACAAUAUCAAGGGUGCACUAUUCACCAAUCACCUACGGUAGCUACUUCGGAGCCUUCAAAUGCAGGCUCUUACUUGAAGAGCAGAGCCCGGAUGGGCGCGAUCACGCAACAAGUCGUGACAGGCUUGUACUCUGCCAGAGCAAUUGAAAUGUCGUGGAAACAAAUGCAGCAGAAGAUUUCCGGUCUACACGAACAGCUCGAAACGUGGCUCGCCUCACUCCCAUCCGGCCUUGAUUUCACACAACCGACCGCAUACACUACUUUUCAACGCGAGCGCCUAGUUCUCAAUGUGCAUUACAUCGAAACGAAAAUUCUGAUCACUCGUCCUUGCAUGUGCAGACUGGACGACCGUAUUAAGAACCAGACAGAGGCUUCCGACAGAUUCAACAAGGACACAGCCAAGAUCUGCGUCCGCGCAGCAGAGGCGAUGGCGGACCUUUUACCAGCCAGUGUUGACGUGACAUACCUUUAUCGAACCGGUCCCUGCUAUAAUUAUUGCUGCUACCCACUGUCCGCUCUCACGCACUUCUUGCCUCCCUGCAGCAGUAUCGGUGAUGCUACAACGUACGAAAACAGCAGUAAGUUCAUCACCGCAGUUCAUGUCUUUCGGCUGUAG